UGAUCAUUUUUUCAGAAGUUUUAUUUUAUCUAAUUCGAUGAGGCGAUGCUAAAAGCGCAUUAAAAUUUUGGAUAUAGAUAUAUAAAAUAAGGGGAGACGCAGAAAUUAUGGCAAAUUUUUUCUCAUUACUGAUAUUGCAUUUUUUUUGCCGUGAUCAUAUAUAUUUUAAUUGAGACCUUCACACAUAUUUCACACGUUCUUUCAUAGAUGUGGAGAAGCAUUUCAAAUUGAUGCUGGGAGGACAAAAAAGGACGUCAAAAAUGUCAUAUACUUGCGAAAUCUAAAUUACCGAUGUUUUUGUAGUGAAAGUGAAUGUUGUCACGAAAUUGGAAACUAGCUACUUACCUAUUCAAUACACAUGCAAAUUGGUGUCUGUGUGAUAGGGUUUUUGUACAAUGAAAGUAUGGAAUAAAUGUUGAAAAGUCAUCUAAAGGACUUUCACCGCUCAAUAAUGGAUAGUAAAUAAUUAAAGCCGCUAGGGGAAAGUGAGAUAAGCGAAUUUUAAUGUAACCAAUUUGUGAUGUAUAAAAAUAUUUCUUAAAAGCUCAAAGAUAAAAAUCUCAUUUCAUGUUUUAACAGUGAUAUUUUUGGGCUGAUUAUUUAUUUAUUUUUGCGCACUCAGAAGAUAUAGAUUUUUGUUUACUGCGAAACUACAAACUGUGCGAUGUUCAAACACCUUUUUGUGAGUCAGUAACUUACAAGAUUUUCAAGAUAGUUCAACUAGGAAAACAUAAUUGAACAUAAUUACAAUGAAGUGGCUAUAGUUCAGUGGUGUAGCCAGAAUUUUAUUUUCAUCAUUUGUGGUAAAAUUAACUCGUGGAGUAAUCCAGCUCAGUGCAUUCUUUCGUUUUUGGAAGGAAUAUUAUCGAUAUUUUGUAGAGAAGUAAUGUUGUAUAACAUUGCACCGUUAUCAUUAUAUUGCAAUCAGGGAGGGGGCGCAUUAGGUGCAUAUCUCGUCGAUAUACACACCUGCCUUUUUUUUGAGAUUGAGAUAAAAGAUUGUUUUGGUUUAUCGCAUCGCGAAUGUUGCAUGACGGUUGGAUGUUUUUUUUUUCUGUAAAACAUUAUAUAGAUUGCCAUUCGCUGUGUAUUAGCUUACAGUGUGUCACAUAUUAAUCAGAAAUUUUCAACAUAAUGGAUGUAUUGUUUUACAAUGGAUUCUUACCGUCUAACUUCGCGUGAUAUGUAACAUUUACGCUACAGCUGUUAGGGGUUUUCAUUAUUCUUUGCCGUAAAAUUCGUGCUUUCCCGGACAUAACAAAUAAAUCGCCCGAUCAGAUUCGCACUGAAAUGUCGUAAUGUACCUGGAUAACAGAUUCUGAUGGUUUAAUCAGUGAGCUAUUUCAGCCCAUUUUUGGGAAAUACGGACAUUUUUUUUUUACUUAGAAGUACCCAGGCAAAAAAAAACACUCUUGUAUUUGGUAAUGUAAAAUAUAAAAUAUAAACAAAAGUGCUGAUAUCAAAUGUAUCCGUUGUAUAACAAAUGAGUUAUAUUUUUUUCAGACCUAUUUUUGUUGAGACUAUAAUGAGAAAAAAUUUAAAAAGAAAAACUUGUUUGUUUCAAUUGAUCGGAUUUAUUUUUUUUUAGAACUGUGCUUGAUUUAUCAUGCAUUCUGUUUUGAUUUUGAUCAUUUCCGGUGAAAUGGAUACAAUUUAGUGUGGAAAAAAUACAAGUUUGGGAUAUACAUUUUUAAUUGUUUUACAAAUGAAUUUGGAUUUAACAGACAUGCCAAAGUUAGACAACAGUCGGAACAGGACAUUGUGGCCUCUUGUAACGAUGUCGUCGGCAACGGGCAUCAAGUGCUAUAAGAAGUUGGAUUAUUGUCCAAAGGGGCAUCAGAUGGACAAAUGUGAUUUGAAUGGUGAGGCCGGCCGGUAUUGCAAGCAAUGUGGGGAGCUGACUUUCCAACCAAAUCAAAACAGAUAUGGCGACCAAUGUAGAAUAAGGCGGACAUGCGACAAGUAUCGGAUGAAAUUCAAAGAAUAUGGCGACAAAACGCGGGACGCUCAGUGUGUCUGCGACCUCGGCUACCAUUUUGAAAAUGAGGACCAACGCGCAUGCGUGCCAAAUAAAGAAUGUGGUAAAGGCUACGGACAAGGAAUAUUCGGUAUAUGUGAAAAUUGUAUAGAAAAGAACAUGUGGUCAGACACACAGGACACGCAUUCCAGGUGUAAACCACUUAGAAAUUGUGAAAAAGAAAGUAGAUGUACAAUGGUGAAGAGCAAUGGGACUUUUGAUAAUAAAUGUGGACCAGUAGUCAACGAUGUGUCAAAAUGUGACGUCAUCCAGUAUACAACACCCGCUCCCGCCACUGCCUCUUCCACCGGGCUUAUACUCGGUGUUGUGUUCGGGAUUUUAGGGGCUCUUCUCCUCUUAAGUGUGAUAUUUAUCUGUUGUCUCCGACGCCGACAGAGGGCCAGAAAACGACAGAUAAGAACCGAGCAGCUAGAGGAACUAUUACCCGAAAUCAUUAAACGCUCCAGAAAAGACGAGAAAUAUUGUAAUACUGUGUUGGAUGCCCUUCAAAAGGAGAUAGAAGAUAGAAUAAACAACCAGAUUUGGGAUCUACCAAGAGAACUCUUUAGGAACCAUAUAGAACCAGCCAGAUACGAGGUGCUUGUUGAGAAAUAUAGAGAUAAGCAACAUAAAUUUGCCAUUAAUGGCUACAUGCAGGAUUGGCGCGGAUGGCGGGGUAAUACUGGCGACGCCGUCGAGGAGCUCGUCGCAUGUCUCCGACACGAGAAUGUCAAACGUAUGGAUAUAGUUCUAGAGGUGGUCAACAAAAUGAGAGAAGAUUUCCCAGAGGUAGUCGAUGGCUAUGACGGUUCGAGCAAGCGAAAACCUGGAUCGAACAGCUACUGUGCUAUUUUAUUCCCAUGUGCUUGCCGCUACAAUGAAAAAGAUAGUUAUGAAUGUAAAGAAACAUCCAGCAGACUUCUUUCUGAUAACUCAGUGAAUGAAAAAGACAAUGGCCACCUUCCACCACCCGGUGAGCCACAAAAUCCUCCAAACGAUGGUGGUGCCACCGAUCCGCAAGAAGCAGGUGCUAUUUAUAGAAACGCGCCAACGCCAAGUGCACCGGUUUUGGACGGAAAUGACCUCUAUCCUGAUGUUGAGGUGAAAGGUCAACACUUCUACGAUAGAUCGGACUCAUUACCUGUACAGGCAAGCAGUUAGGUGCUCAAACCAUUUCGUGUACUGCCUAUUUUUUGUGAUUUACGCAACUCAUGUGUUCCGGGGUCUGUGGUCACCAUAUUUAGCCCAUACUAUAAGACACUGUAGGAGAAGUUCAUAAAUUAAGUUUUCAAAUGAUUUUACUUUUGACUGUGAAAUAUAACAGUUUGUAAAGCUCAUUUCGAGCUUGUUGAUGUGUAUAUUUGCUGAAUAUUUGAGCUUAAGAAGCUUAACUUUAUCAAGACUUCUGUGUUGAAAGGAUAUUUGGUAUUAAGCUUGCCUACUAUAUUUGCAAAAUUAUUAUCAUUACGUUAACGCCGUUUACUGACGAAGAGAAUUUAGCAAAGACCAGAGGAAUGUAGUGAAAAAAAUUGAAAGAAUGCUGUUUUGAGCAUUGAUCCGUGUCAUACUGGUAGUACCCAGUAUAUUUGAAAAGCCAUUGUCACAGAUCAAGUAUAAUGUGAAAUAUUGAUGAAAAUGCGUUUUAGUCUCAAAGACAACGCAUGCGCAAUGUAGGAAACAAUCAUCAUCACGUGACAUCCUCAUUGGUGUAAAAUUUGUAUCUUAACAGGCCUUUACAACAGUGUUUACCUAGUGCUGAAUGUUUAAAAAAAGGAAGAGACAAGUGUAUAUAUUUGUUUUUUGGUAAAAUAUUACCAGUUAUGUGAGGUAAUACUUUAUGUUCGAGCAAAAGUUGAAACAUUAGGAUUCAAUUUUCAGACUUUUAAACAGAGAACUGUAGUAAACAUUUGGUUGAAUGACAAUAUUUAAAUUUUGUUAAACUUUAUUUCAUAGUAGUGUAUUGUAAACCUGUGUUGUUCCAUGUCCAACUGAGAAGCAACGGUUCGUUUUUUUGGAGAAAAAUGUAGAUCUAACCGUUCUUUUACAUUCCUUAGUUAUGUCUGAAUUUUUCAGUUGGUUUCAAAGAAUCUGUUCUUUCUUUUUUUCAUUUACACCUUAGUUUCUUUUUUGCAUUGAGUUUCGAUCAAAUUUUGAUUAUAUACUGUGAAUGUUUAAAGUGAGAAUUUACAAUAUGAGCCGCGCCAUGAGAAAACCAAUAUAGUGGCUUUGCGACCAGCAUGGAUCCAGACCAGCCUGCGCAUCCGCGCGGUCUGGUCAGGAUCAAUGGUGUUCGCUAGCAGUUUCUGUAAUUGCAAUAGGCUUUAAAAGCGAACAGCAUGGAUCCGGUUUUCUCAUGGCAAAGCUCAUAUAGUCAUUGGUAAAAUGUCAUCUCCACAUAGUUGGUAAAUGAGACACUGGUAUGCCUGAAGGAUACGUGCAAAUACGCACACAUAUUCAAUAAUUCCGAGCAAAAAAAGUGCAGUUUCCACUUUGACUUUAUAUAUUUUAUGUACAUUGAUCACAUUCUAUUGUUCAUCAAUUUCUCAACUAUAUUGUCAUAUGAUUUCGUGAUCUGUAUAAACACUCUAUACAUGUAGACUCUAUUAAAUAUCUCACGUCAUACUUCUAUGCUGCUUGUAUGAAAAUACUUGGCAUUCCAUUUUUUUUUUGCAUUAGAUAAUUUAUGCCACAUUUCACAAUCUAUUUUAGUAUUCUUUAGAAGAUGAAUUUACCAAAGUAUACUAUAAAUAGUCUUUUUUAUGCUGUGCAAUUCUAAUCCAAAGACAACUUAAUUACUACAACUUUUUUUUAAAUAAAUCUUUGUUCAUUUUGCUUUUGCUAACGGUUUUACAACUAUUUAAUCAGCCUUUUGGUUCAUAUAAGUGACCUCACUUUUUCUUUCUCGCCAUAUUCACUUCAGAAGAUGGAAUUUAUGUAAGUGUUCAGAAGUUAAUAUUUCCACAAUUUGUUGUGCUUUUUGUAUAGUAUUUGUUAAAAAAAAACUGGACUUGUUAAGUUUAAUAUUCUGCUUUUAAUGUCGCAGCAUAAUCUGCUGUUACUGUUAUAUAUAUUAUACUUUUUUGUUUCAUUUUGUUGUUGUAUGUACGACUAUAAAUUCAAGAGAAGACAAAAAGUGUUAAUGUACAUGUAUUAUUUCGACAACCGUUACUAUACAUGAAAAAAUGUUUACAUGUAUGCAUUUUAAGAUAUACAAAGUUAUAUUCACGCUGAAUGGUUCGGUGACAUAUGUUUUUUGCAAUGUGUUUGCAAGACGAAAGCAGUUUAACCUCGUGUAUGACCUACAUAUUAAUUUUUUGCCAUAUCGUGCGGUGCAUUCCGAAAAAAAACCCAAAAUCUCGAUGUUCUUGUAAAAGCUCUGAUUCGUUGUUAAAAAAACCUUUGUUGUUAUUUGCUUAGGUAUUUCAAUAGGAGAUUUAUAGCUUACAAAAUGUUAGUUCAUCAUGUAAGUGCUUGAAAAACAUAACGCAUGUAUGAGCAGUGCCAUAAGAAAACCAACUUAGUGGCUUUGCGACCAGCGGAUGCGCAGUCUGGUCUGGAUCCAUGCUGGUCGCAAAGCCACUAUGUUGGUUUUCUCAUGGCACGGCUCGUAUAUUCUUACAUUUCAUAUCUUGUUUUGAAAUAAAAAAUGACUCUCAAGAAAUGUAAAGUAAUAGAAAUUUAUAUUUACGAUAUCACAUAUUUGCGCACUUCUGAAGAAUUUUGAAGAAAUGUUAUUACUUCAGUUGUCUUUGGUAUAUUAGUAUUUACUGACAGGAAUUACUGGACAAGAAAAAUCUCAUUCGGAAAAAAAAUCAAAUUUAUAAAAAUAGUUAGAAAUAUAUGAAUUAAAUGUUUUUGACGAAUUACAGUAGUAGAUGUUUAGUUUAACCAAGUAUAUGAAUGUUAUUCACGUGUUUUCACUGAUGAAAAUUAAUUCCAUGUAUACUGGUAUACUAAAAGAACUUAUGUUUAUAAAUGCGUUUUAAGUAUGCAUCUUUUUGUUAUAAAUGUACAUGUGUGCUGGUUUAAAGUUUUGCAAAUGUAUGUUUACACUUGCUUUUUAAUCAGUUAUUGCUUAUAUUAGGAAAAUGUUUUCCAUGUCUUGUUUCUCCACAGCCUGUAUACCACGUCUUUUGUAGCAAAACACAUUAUAAACAAAAUACAACCAUGUCAUUACAGACGAUUUCAAAAUGACGAUAAGGUCAAGUGUCAUAUUCAGUUCAAGGUCAGAGCCUGUUCGAGGAGAGGUAUAUUAGUUAUGACCUUUAUCAGCUAGAUCAAUGUUGAAACCGACUUUGUAAAAAGAAAAUGUUUUGUAAAUUUUAUUACUUGAUUUAUAUUUUUGACAACAUUUUAAAUAUCACAAAACCAUACAUUUCAUUUAAGCGAAAUGGUAUCAUGUUUAUUGACGGUUGAUAAGCGUAUACAUGUUUUUGAAAAGCGUUAUCUUUGUAUACUCGUAUUUUCAUAUAUCUAUACCAUUGCGCAUGUCAUGACUUUGUUUCAUUGCGCAUGUCAUAAAUUUUCAACACAACGCUGCUCUGAAGAUUAACAUUCAUGCAAAGUGUGCAUCGGGUUAAGGGAAAUACGUUUUAUUUGAUUGGAAUUUCUUUACAAAUUGUUUUUGAUAUAAAACAUUAUAAAACAAUGUACCAGUUGUCCAUAACAAAUACAUUUAUCAGUCUUUGGGGACUUGCAAGUCGAAGUUCAUAUUUGUUUUCAGUACAUUUGGCAUUCUUCACUUAAAUAAAUCGCAAGAAAUGUAUCACAACUUUGACAUCGAUGAUAUAUAUCCUUUAUCAAACAAUCUGUAUAGGUCGUGCAAACCGUCAUGACUUUUUUUUGAAAAUUCUAACUGACUUCAAUGUUGGUUGUUUUGGCAUGACAUACUUUACCUAAAAUAUUUUUUCAGCAAUUACACUGACAGUUUGUCAGAAUGAAAAGAAAACUGCACUAUAAAAUCAGUCAGUUUUGAAACUAGGAAUGUCUGGGCAGUCACUCUACUAGAAAUAUUUUGCUGUCCAAUAAUAACAGUGCUCCACAUUUAUGUCAUGACCUAUAUAAACGCUUAUGAUUUUAUAUUGAUAGAUUUAUUAUGAUGUUUUUUUUUUGGAAAAAUAUUUCAUGUGAUUCGUUUUUAUGUCAAAGGAGGCGACCAGAAGGGUUUUUGGAGUAGAUCGAUUUUAUCUUGUAUGUUAAUGCAAAUUCUGAACAAUUUUGACUGAAUGAGAGAUGUGAAUACUUCGUGGCGGUUGUAACUCUUACUAGUUAUUCAAAAUGUAUGUUAUGUAAUGAAAACAUGGGGCUUUCUCAUAAAUUGCUCUUAAUUGCUAUUAAUUACUAGUACUAGAUAAUGGAAUUGAUGACACACUAAUGAACUUAGAGGAUGUAAGACCAUUUAAAAAAUCGCUAGUAAUUUUGUCCACGAAAUUUCAGAAAGUUGCAAGUAUGACCCCAUUUCGAGUCGGGUCCCAAUAAAGCUUUCAUAUUGCCGUAGUUAGUGUAAACAUACAGUACUUCUACCCACAGAAGCCCAAAAUGGUCGCCCCAUAUGUAUAAACUGCAAAAUGUUUUCUACAAAAAUGUUUAUCUAUGUUAUUGACAUACCGGUAGUUUGUCAGCCGCUUAUGAUGUUCAUUUUACUGGGUAAGAAAAAAAUAGUAUAAACAAAAAAUGAAAUAAAAAAUAUUAUUUUCAA